AUGUGCCAGCUUGGUAUUAUCGCAUCACAAGCGAGUCAUAUGAAUAGACCCGCAGGCAGGGUCACCACCACGAAGUGGGGUGAUGUGUGUGCGUUCACGCUACGUACGCUAGGGGCUAGGGGCGGGAUCGACGGACCCAACAGCAACCAGCGCAUGGUCGUCCGCAGCGGCGGCGGCGGCAGAAGCCAAGCCAGAUGGUGUGGAGCAUUUCGUCCCUGUCUUCACGCAGCGGUGCUCAGCUCUCUCAGCCACGAGGUCGAAGCCAAGACUUCCCUCCUACACCUUCUCGUCAGCAUGCCCGCCCGUUGCGCGACUCAUUCCUGGAUCUCUAUGGUGCCUUGCUACGGCGCUUGCGCCGCUCCCGAUCUCGCCCUCUCACGGACUUGCAAGGUGUCGACUGCACUGCAAAAGACAUUCGCGUCUCGUUGCAUGGACUUCUUGCAGGAACCUGUUUGGGGUAUUAUCGACGGAACUGGCGCCGGAAAGGUGACGUUUCAGAUGAGCCGUGAUGAUGAGCCUGGUCUGGUCUGGUCUGGCCGCCUCGCUGGCAGUGUGCGUUCUAUACCUACCCUUGAUAGCAGAAGAGUAGCGUCCUGCGUGACCAGAGGCCCUGCUGAAUCACAGGAUGAUUUACCUCCAGGCUUCCGCUUCCUUCCACCGCUCUCAGGAAUCUAUACAGUGUCCCUGUCCGGCAUGAAUGCCCAAGCUGCGUUUCGAGGCGUCUGGCAAAUGGCUUGGUACACGUACGCGGUGAUCAUGAGUGGAAGUCGAGUCGUUUGCUGGUGGAGGACGACGGAUGAACGAUGUGGUGGUGGUGAUGAUGAAUAAGUGUUACGCAAACUCCGAGUCGGAUCACUCCGACUGCGGAUCUUGUCACAAGGCUUGUCCCGCCACCACUCGUACAGGUAGGAGGUACGCAGUGCAGUCACCGCAGGAACGAGCUGUGAAGAAAUGCAACAACAGACUUGGCUGGAUGUUUGGUAGCUCUGCUCUAGCCGCCGGACGCACUAACACACCCCCGCGGUAACAUGAUGAUCGAAUCAAGGAUCGCAAACAUUGAAAGAGAUGGUAUGGCGCGCUCGUAGGUACAUAUAUGUUUGUUGGACUCCCCCCCACCCAUCAGGUCAUUAUGAUUCAUUGCACUCUCAUCACUCGUAGAACACCAAGCAUCGCACCUCGAUACUCUGUCUUCCGGGAGCGUUUGCUGGCGUACUCGGGUCGAAGAAAGCUGUGUGUGGCGUUCGGGUUGCGAUGCCGUUCUGCUCAAACUUCUCUCCCACCCCGAAGGAAUCGUAGCACUUCAACAGCAUGACUUCAUCCGGUGUCAUAUCUUUCAUGUAGUAGAACUUGUGCUUCUCGUUCGCCGCAACACCGAGUGUCUCACCUCGUGCCUCGUACCCUUCGGUUGAGAAACGUGUGGAUUCAUCUGGUAAACGCUCCUUGCCCCGGUCAUCGUCGUCCAUCGCAGAGUCGGGUCGCUGCGGAUACAUCAGGUCGACAGGAACGAAGUCCUUUGGUUCUGUCGUUCUCCAAUCGACAACCGCGAGUGGGAAAUCAGACGCAGGGUUUCCAAUGGGUCGCCAAACAUUGAUAAUCUGAUACCUUCCUUUGAGAUACUGCCCCGCUUCCUCUGCUGGAAGAUGGCGCCUCACACGAGCGUCGGCAGCGCCAGGAGUCUGAUCCACGUGCACCUGCUGGACGGGUUGUCUUGGUGACGACUUGUCCCUUCGGCGAAUAGUGUGGUCAAAGAUGUGUACCUUCUUGAUACCUUUAAUGUUCUUGCGCAGCAGCUCCUCGACCUCCGCGUAGUAGCCUUCGCGUACCGCUUUGUCGUCGGUGAACAGCUUCUCCUUCGCAGGAGAGUUGUACACCGCAAAGCCAGAGAUGUCGGUAUUGAACUCUCCUUCGCGUCCACGGAGGUUGUGCACCUCGCGUUGGUGGUCCUUCAUUUUGAAACUAUAUCCUUCCGUAUCUACUUUGCUCCAUGGUUUUCCCGUGUAGCUGCUCUGGUCAAUAUGCUUGAAUGUUGCGGUCGUCAUGGUGGCGAUGUGUGCUCGAGUUACGCACGCUCGGUAGUGGGUGGUGUACGGCGCUCGUGUGGAUGCGGCUUUGGACGCUCUGUAGAGUAGUAGGUUGCUAGUAAGUCCCCAAGUCGAUUGCCGCAUGUAUGAGUGAGGAAACGAAUGGAACUCGAACCCAUCCCCUCACCACGGGUCUUAUAGCCGAAGCAUUUUGGAUGACG